AUGUCUUUCAACUUUGGAGGCGCGAGCUCUUCGGGCGCCGCAUCGAACAAUACGACGUCGACUGCACCUGCUACGGGAGGACUGUUCGGGGGGGCUUCAGGAGGUAACUCGUUUUCGUUUGGUACCAACAACAAACCCUCAACGCCAGCCGCUGGAGGAGGACUCUUCGGACAACAAAGCAGCGCCACCGCCCCGAAGCCUGCAGGUAGCCUUUUUGGCGGAGGAUCCAGCGCAACGCCGGCCUCUUCUGGCGGCUCUUUGUUUGGCAAUACGGCUACGGCAACUCCAGCAUCAACAACGCCAGCCACUGGUGGCUUGUUCGGAGCCACCACAUCUGCACCGAAACCUGCGGGAGGGCUUUUUGGAGCCGGUAGCACAACAACUCCAUCAACAGGAGGGUUUUCCCUUGGGCAAACGACCACGAGCCAGGCUCAGUCAUCGGCACCGACUACUACAGCCGCCCCUUCACUGUUUGGCGCGGCCACUGGGGCUCAAAGCUUGGCUCCUGCGACUACAGCUGCUGCCGCGGCCACUCCGGCAAAGCCUUUGUUCUCUCUGCCCUCUACCACACCCGCCGGUGCACCUCCAGCUGGCAGCUCAAAAACGACUGGACCCAGCCUAUUUGGAAACCCAUCCGCCCAGCCCGCAACUACGGGGUCAUCGCUAUUCGGUGGCAUGAACAAGCCUGCCGCGCCAACUACAGCCGCAGCCCCUGGUGGCUUAUUCGGUGCCAAUAAGCCAACAGCUCCUGCUGCUACUUCAGGUGGCCUCUUCCCGACCACUUCCACAACUACAGCGAGUGCUACUGAUACUAAGCCAGCCGCCCCAGCCGCCGGUGGUUUAUUUGGGACCAAACCUGCCACAGCUGCUACGUCUACCCCAGCUGCCGCACCCUCUGGUGGUUUGUUUGGAGGUGCAAGCGCACAAGCGCCCUCUGCUACUCCUGCUGCACCUGCCUCGACGAAUCUCUUCGCAGCCAAGCCUCCUGCUGCUUCGACAGCAGCCCCAGCGGCUCCAGCGGCUACCUCAACGUCCUUGUUCGGCACGAAACCAGCUGGCGAGGCCUCGAGCUCGAAGCCUACCGCAUCUCUCUUCGGGACCCCGGCAGCGUCCUCCCAGCCUGCCGCAACAACCGCUACCACAACAGCCGCCCCAGCAACACUUGGGGCUGCAAGUAUGGCACCUGCUGGAUCUGCAGCGCCUGCCGCCGCUACCUCAAGCUUGUUUGGCGCCAAGCCUGCUUCUACUCCCGCCGCUGCUGCUGCCGCCGGGAAGGAUAAACCUGCAGACGCGGCCAAGCCAAGCACUCCAGCCCCAGGUUCCAGCGCACUGGGUGCAUCUACCACUGGACCUACAUCUCAAAUUGCAAGGCUCAAGAACAAGACAAUGGAGGAUAUUGUCACCCGCUGGGCCUCAGACUUGUCGAAAUACCAAAAGGAGUUCAAAGACCAAGCAACCGUCGUCUCUAACUGGGACCGACAGCUUGUGGAUAAUGGCGAGAAGAUACAGAAGCUGUAUCUGGACACAUUCGAGGCAGAGCGAGCCAGCCAUGAGAUUGAGCGUCAGCUCUCCUCCGUUGAAGGUCAGCAGGACGAGCUAGAGGCCUGGCUUGACCGUUACGAGUCCGAGUUGCAGGACAUGUUUGCUAAGCAGAUCGGCACUGGUGAACAGCUCGCUGGCCCUGACCAGGAGCGCGAGCGAAUCUACAAGCUGGCUGAGAAGCUGACCCAGCAACUCGAUGAAAAGUCUCGAGAUCUAUCUAAAAUGGUCAAGGAGAUCAACGAUAUUUCAGGCACACUUAGCAAAGGUGCUAAGCCAGAGGAUCCUCUGAGCCAGAUUGUGCGCGUUCUCAACGGGCACCUCACGCAGCUGCAAUGGAUCGAUGCCAACGCCUCGCAAUUGCAAACUAAGGUUGCUGCGGCGCAAAAGGCUAGUCACAACCUAGGCAGUCAUUAUGGCGUGGCCGACAACGACGCGGCUGAGAGCUUUUACCGUUCAUACAUGGGACGAUGA